AUGCGCGGUCUAAGCAGAUUUGCAAAGGAAAAAACACUACACACGCACAGGCUCGCCUCCUCUCCCUCUCACCCACGAAGUCACCGCCGCCUCCGCCGCCGCCCACGUCGGCCGAUUCCGGCGAUCUCCGGCACCGCGCAGCACGCCCUCGAGAUCCCCACGAUCCGCGCCUCCCUUCCCUCCGGCCAGAUUCUCCGCUCCCGGCCUCUAUUGCAAGCUCGCAACCCCACCCCCGUGGCUAGGGUUUCGGGCAGGGCUUCACCGGCAUGUCUCCGGCGACCCCAGAUGCAUAUGGAGCACGCCGUGGGAUUUUCCCAUCCACCACGGUCGCCGUCGUCAAGGGCUUCUUCACGGAUUUGGAACGCCAUGGACCUGCAGCUCCUCAAGGUAGAAAAUUCAUCAUUUUAGUGUCCAUCUGAAGAAUCACAUGGUGAUAGGAAUAAGGACUAUGGAUGGCAUGUUGGUAGGAAUCUGAGAUGAUAAAAAAUAGUACUCAUCCAACUGCUAACUGAAUGUGCUGGAAAUUAGCUCAUAGUGACACAUAUAUUAUUACUGGGUCAGUACUGUCCUAGACUUGCAUAUUCAGAAUUAAUGCAUCUCACACAGUAGUGCCAUUUGUCGACACACGAUAUGAUAUAUGGAUAAAACCAUGAAAGUGUAUAUGAAACUGUAUAAUCUGGCACUUUGUUUCAGGCCUCCAGCAAUGUGAUGUCCUUUUUAUGUUAUCAUGGCAUACUAGAUAAUUAAAUGACGAUUCUUUGAUAAUGUCUCCAUAU